UGCGCCCUGACUUUCACUGGAAACCUGACCUAUAUAGAUUCAAGUAGGCAAGUAGAGACCGAAAGAGUUUUUUUUGUUUUUUUUUAAAUCCACGUAAUAUGGCAUAGAUUACCGAAGUGAGUUUAAUGUUUUGGGGUUUUUUUCCCAACAUUUUAUGCCGAUGUGUCUGACUUUAUAUCGACACUGUUUUCUUAUGUCGUAGUUCUUUUAUACGGUUGUUUGGUCAUUUUUCGCUGACGCUGGGUGAUCAGACGCUGUCACUCGCAGAUUCCACAGCUGCAUGGCUUGCCAUAGCCAGCGGUGCAAGUCGCUAAACUGUCCUGAGGAAAAUGAUGAGACUCUGAGUGGAGAGUUCCAGUCUGGACUUUGCACGAGGUUUCAGGAUCCGAAGACCUCCCCAGACCACUCUGAUAGCCUGCGGGGAAUGACGGAGGGCCGUCCAUGUAGUCACCGGCACGACCCCCAGGUCUCCCAGUCCCUCCAGGACGAGUUUUACAGGUACGACCAGCAGGCGCCCUACCCCAGCCAGGCCGACACCAUCAGGGGAGCCCUGGGAGCUCUUCACGCCUGGUGCUACCCCAGCUACCAUAACAAAAGUCCUGGAGGAUCUUGCCCCAACAGCCUUCCAUCCUACCUGCCCUCCGCAGACUACCUGGGCAACCCAGGGGCCGACAACUAUUUCCCCAAUGGGCCUCGCUCCCUCCCAGGCGCACACAGCCCCAGCUUGGGCAGCCUGGAACGGCCUGGUUCUCUGCACUCCUUUCCCCCAGCUGCACCCCCCAUGCACGGGUUCCACAGUUCAUCAGCCUUCUCCGGCCCCCACCACAGCCCGCCAUGCUGCAUGCACUAUGGGCCUGUUCCCCUCCAACUAGGCCCUCUCCCCCAUCCCACCUGCAGGCCCGGAUACCAUCUGCCCCACAGGCUCACAGGCCUGGAGCACUACAGACACACCCAUACAGGCAGCACUGAAAAUGGACAUGACUCUCCCCAUCCCAAACAGAGCAGUCCCUGCAUCACCCAGCUGUCUCAGGACCAGAGAAAAGUGUUCGUCACAUACGAAGCAGACAGCGAAGAUCAUCUUAAAGAGGUCAUCAAGUUUGUGGCCAUGCUGAGGAACAACGGCUUUGACACACACAUUGAUGUUUUCGAACAGCAGUUGAACAGCAUCAGUAAGAUCGACUGCAUGGAGAGGUACCUCAAUGAGAAAGAUUACCUGAUUAUCAUCAUCAUCAGUCUGCAGUAUUUUGAGACAGUGACAGGUACCAAAAGGAGUCUAGACUGCGAUGAGAGAACAUCAAACACUGUGUACAUUCACAAGCAGCUGCAGAGUGAAUUCAUCCGGAACGGCUGCAAGAACUUCAGGUUUAUUCCUGUUCUUUUUCCUGGGGCUAAAAAGAGCUACGUUCCAUCAUGGCUGCAGCACACGCACGUGUACAGGUGGCCCCGGGACUGGGACGACAUCCUCCGCCGACUCAUGCGGGUGGAGAAGUACAGCCCUCCGCCCAUCGGCCCCUUGCCCACCAUCGUCUCUGUGCCCAUCUGAGGGCGACAGUCCGCGCUCCAACUCGACAAAGCGAAGCACUGCUCCAAGCAACCGACACAUGGCACGGUCCACGUUUGACCGCUGGCUAUGAAAAAUAUACCUCCAGCAUACUAAAUCUGAGUUACCAUAGACAGUCUGAUUAGGAGCAGGUGGUUAGUGCUGAACAACAGGUGAGCGUUUCAUUAAACAGAUAUUGUUCACUGGAGAUGCCAUUGUUGUUUUGGCCAGUAAAAGCUGGUUACAUUUUUAAAUGUGAUUUAUCCUAUUUCUGAUCAUUUUGGUUGUUAAAAGAUUAUCUCAGACCAGUGUAAUUAUUGUUGUAUUGGACUCAUAUAUAGUAAAUCAUACAUUUUGUUUGGGCUAUUCUUCUAUUUACUUUUGUGUGGCAUCCUUAGCAUUACAUUAAGACAUGGCUAAGAAUACUGAGCCUCACUGAACUGGAUUGGAUU